GUUACAUUGUUCUCUAGCAAUGACCACAUCAGUUUGCAACACUUGCAGUCAGUCUGAACCAUUGACUGUAUAAGGUCUGAACUGGUCUGUCAGUUCCCUUGGAGACGGGAAACAUUGCGUUGGGAGUGCAAGGGUUGCCCCUCGUUGUACAGAGAACAUUUAGGUGUGAGAUGAACUCCCACAGUGCAUCUCUCUCAGUUAGGCAAUGCUGGGAACAAUGGCAUGAGUCAGACCAGGCAGCAGAUGAAGAUGAUGGUCUUCUAAUCACAAGCAUUAAUCACUCCAAGGACCUAAUGAGGAUGCACACACUGAGAGCUGACCAGAGCUGCCAGAGCUCGGCUGACUGGUUGGAGUCCAACGGUCUGGAGAGUGCCGGCCUCUCUCUGCCUCAUUUCCUGUCCUGCUGCGCCGCCUCACCUGGCACCACUGGGGGACAGUUGGAGGUCAGUGCUGAGAUGCUCAGAGACUCUGAGAUGAAGCUGUACCAGAUGAUUGAGCUUUACCACAACAGGAUCAGAUGGCUCACAGAGGGAAGCAGGAAGGUUUUUGGAAUGGUGAGAGGCUCCAAGGUGGCGGUCUUGGUGGAUGCGUCGGAUGUGAACUGCUCUACAGACAGACUCAUUGAUCUUCAGAGGAACCUCUUGGAUUUGCUCGAUAAGCAGCUGCGCCACAAAAGCCGGAUAUGUCCCAUUUCACUCGGGUCGGAGGUCGCCUCCCUGUGGGACAAGCCCAGAGACACCUCGCCCCUCAGGCUACGGGAGGUCCGUGAGUGGGUCCUGCAGCUGAGGCCGAGCGGAGGCUGUAACCUGCUGCAGGCACUGAAGACAGCCUGGGCUCAGACAGAGGAGCUGGACGCUCUGCUCGUCAUCUUGGGCUCCAGCCCCGAUCAGCCCUUAGGCCUCCUCUGUGAUGUAGUGGAGCAGGCUUUUCCGGGAAGAGAGAUGUCCGUCCAUGUUGUGGGCUACUGCUGCAGCAAUUCUGUUGCUAUAGAAACCGUGAAGAAACUGGCUGGGGUCACAAGGGGGAGCUACCACCUGUUCUCACCGUCCCUGGGUGUGCUGGAUGAUAGCACUGACCUGGAGCUCCUAUGGGCUGAAAUUAAAGCGGCCAGAGACGUUCUCAGCCACAUUCACCACAUGCGCUCUGGUCACAUGGAAGAUGCGGAGAUCCUGACAGGCGUGGAGGAGAUUUCACUCUCUGAGAGGAAUUCUGGGACAGACCAUCUUAACACCCCCUUACACAUCCAGCCUAAAGGCCUGCUGCCAGUUACCUCAGUGGAGUGGCUCAAGACCAAUGGCUUGAAAGCUCAGAAGCUGGGCCUCUACCACGUCCUGGCUCCCAAUGCCUACUCUCCUCUAAAGGAGUUUGUGCCCAUCCUGGGGAAGACUGUGACAGCAACUGUACAUGAGAGGGCCAUGGUGCCGUUUGAGUGGCAUGACGGAACCGUGAAGAACGUCCACGUGGAUCUGCCGCUGUUGUUUCAUUACCAGAAGCAGCUGCAGAGGGCCAUGCAGGAGCUGGAGCGGAGACUGCUGUGGCUGAGCAGCACUGGCAGCAGGCAGAUCUGGGGAACUGUGUGUGAGCCCAGGGUGCAGAUUCUGGUCGAGACGUCGAGCGUGAACGAUCGGCACUGGCUCCACAUUCUGCACUCCCUCAGGCUACUCCUGGAAGAGCAUCUCGCCAACCAGCAGAGCUUCAAUGUCACCGUGUUUGGUACAGAGGCGACGUCCUGGAGAGAGAGCCUGGUUCCUGUGUCCCCAAAGAGCCUUCAGGACGCCUGGCAGUGGCUCCAGGGCAGACAGUGUGCUGGGGGCCGCAACACGCUGGGGGCCCUGAGGCUGGCUCUGGAGGGAGAUCAUCUCAGGGCCUCUCCAACACCCCAAGGACUCUACCUCUUCACCAGCGGGAUGCCUGACCAGGACGUGGCAGUGGUGAGUGCGUAUGUGGCGGAGCGCUGCAGCACCUUGGACGUGAGACUCCACGUGUGCCUCUUCACUGCUGAAGAGGGGUCUCCCGUGGACCCGCUGGUCGACACUGCCCAGGCCCUGCGGCAGCUGGCACAGGCUGGCAAAGGCCGCUUCCACUGGAUCAGUCACACAGGCGUUAUUGAGAGUGAUGACGUCAGUGCUCUAAUUGGAGAAAUGGAGAAGGCUACUCAUUAUUGGCAAAAGUGCAGUGAUCUGGUGAAGUCUUUGACCCAGAAGGCUUCGAUCAGGGCUCCAGUUUCAAGCCAGGCUCAGGCAGCCAGUGCCUCAGUCAGGAGUGCCCAGGCUGGGGGACGACAGGAGAAACUGCCCCCACCCCGACCCACCAUACUCACCCUCAAACGGCUGUCGAACAGUCGAACAGUCGAACCAGACAAAGGCUCCCCACAGAGAGCAAUAACGUGGCGUCCGAGCAGUGCGAAAGCUGUUAUCCCCCCAGCAAAUCUAGUAAAUGGUUGGAAGCCAGUGGAAAGUAACCUCAAGCGAAAGAAAGUCAAAACAACUCAGUCAUUCUUUUUCUUAGAAGAUGGCAGCAUGGGGAUGGUUUUCAAGGCUUACCCAAAACCAAGAGGCGUUCGAAAAGGGGUUACUUCAGUAAAGCUUCCAAAACGCGAAGAGAUUUGCUCAACUAAACAGUGGCUGAAGCGAUAUGGAAUCAGGAGCUUGCGGCUUGAUCUUCACAAGCUUGUCUCGGGCCCUGACUGCGUUCACCAUAAGAAGCUUGUGCCGGUCAUCCAGCAGAAAGGCCCUGCAAAGUACUGCGCCGUCCUUCCAAGCGUGGAACUGAAUGGCAGAGUGAGGCACCUUCAGCUGACCCCUGCUGAGCUGAGACAGUACCUGACCGAGGCCCAGAGGCUGCUGCAGCGCUACUACCACAGGAUGCAGUGGCUCCUCUCUGGAAGCCGGUGCGUAUUUGGGGCAGUGCUGGAGAGCUCGGCGUGCUUCCUGCUGGAUGUCUCCGGCUCCAUGGCCCCCAACCUGUCAGAGCUGAAGAGGGAGCUGGCCUCACUGAUCUGGGAACAGCUGCACAAGCGAAGAGUGAGAUUCACCCUGCUGGCGUUCUCGGGGGACGUGAGGCCCUGGCGCCCAGAACUGGUGGAGCCCACUGACGAGGCCUGCGGCCAGGCAGAGCAGUGGCUGGCCCAGCUCACCUCACACGGGGGGACCUGCACUCUGGAGGCCCUGCAGGUGGCGUGUGGGCUUGGAGCCCCUCUGGGCUGCUACGUGAUCAGUGAUGGGAGGCCCGACUCCAGCUGCAGUCGCCUUCUGCAGGAGGCAGAGAGACUGACCACCGGGAAGGACAUUACCGUCCACACCAUCGCAUUCCACUGUAGAGACAGAGCAGAUAAAGAGUUUCUGAAGACUCUUGCACAUAAAACAGGGGGGCGAUUUCACUGUGCCCAGGAGGAUGCCAAAGCCAUAGAAACCCUUGCCGCCUGCAAACGGUGGGAGAGCAAGUUGAAUGAGGGGCACGAGCUCACCGUCCCUGUGUUCGAGGGAGACGACUUGAAGAGACUGGGGGAGGAAAUGAGCAAACUGAUGCAGUUCCAGGUGGAGGCCCGCGGUUUCAGAGACAUUCUAUUGGAGAAGAAGAAUCAUGAAGCAACUUGAGUGGAAAUGAUGAACUUAAUAGACAGGUCAUCUGCCAGAAAAAUUAGAGGGAGAGCAGCUUCACAGAAGAGAACUUCUGACGGCAAAUUUGAGGAAAAGUUGGUA